UCAAUAAAAAGCAAAUCAGAAGUGCUCUGGUUUUCGGGUUUUGGAUUUUCGAAACCAUCAAGCACCCAAAAAACGACCAAAUUUCAAUCCAAUACGCAGAUUCAAAUCCAGCUUAUCCCCAAAUCAAAACCCACCAAAUUCCUCAAGUUUUCUUCCAAAAGGGUCGCCGAAUCAAAACCCAGAAUCCGAAAUUUUGGAUGGCGAGUCUGUAUGUGAAAGCUGCGCCACCUGCGGAUCUGAAUAGGAACACAGAGUGGUUCAUGUACCCUGGUGUUUGGACCACCUAUAUCCUCAUCCUCUUCUUCUCUUGGCUUCUCGUGCUCUCAAUCUUUGGCUGCUCUCCUGGCAUGGCUUGGACCAUAGUCAAUCUCUCUCAUUUUGCGAUCACAUAUCACUUCUUCCAUUGGAAGAAAGGAACUCCCUUUGCUGAAGACCAGGGGAUCUACAAUGGACUGACAUGGUGGGAGCAGAUGGAUGGUGGAAAGCAGCUCACUCGCAACAGGAAGUUCUUAACCGUUGUUCCUGUGGUGCUGUACUUGAUAGCCUCGCACACAACCGACUACCAGCAUCCGAUGCUGUUUUUCAACAGUCUUGCAGUCAUCGUGCUCGUCAUUGCAAAAUUCCCCAACAUGCACAAAGUCCGGAUCUUUGGAAUCAAUGGAGAAGAUAAGUGAGUUGCGCUUACAUUUGGGUUGACAUGUUCAAAAGUCAGAACAUCAUUAUCUUAUUCGGAUGAAGAGCUACAUCGUUGUAUAGAAGUUGGAACUGGAGGUAUAUUAGAAAAUAUAAUGUUUUUUCUUUGUGCUUACGGCUUUUCAAGGUGCCUCCCAGAUGAUGAAAGAAUAAUUGUAUUAUCUUUGUACAGUAGAGAAAUUUUAUGUUCGUGGAGAGUCA